UUUAACAGAUCAACCAACGCUUCCUUAGAGCUAGCUUCUUAUUCUCCCCCCUUGGUGGCUGGGAUCUUAAAGAUGGCUAUAGGUGCAUGUAGGCUCAAGAAUGGCAGGAACAGAACAAGAGGCAGACUUAUUAUCAACAGAGUCCCCGUCAAGGUCAAACCCAAUCACAAUAAGAAACUUUGUGACAAAGUUGGCAUUGGAAAAGCAUGGUUCAGGAAACCGUACCGGAAGUGAUACCAGACUUGUUUGUGGUAAGGUAUUUUGUGGUAUGACUGUGUUCAACCAUUUUGUAUUGGUAAAUACCAUUUUUUAAUAGUAAAAUAUUUUUUUCGUAAAAAACCAUACCAGCCAAAACAUGAUACUAUUCCGAAGUAAUACCAAAAUGAUAUCGAAAAAUAC